GCGGCAGCCAUAGCGCGCCAUGGCAGAUCCCGGGGUAUGCUGUUUCAUCACCAAGAUCCUGUGCGCCCACGGGGGCCGCAUGACCCUGGAGGAACUCCUGGGUGAGAUCAGGCUCCCCGAGGCGCAGCUCUACGAGCUGCUGGAGACGGCGGGGCCCGAUCGCUUCGUGCUAUUGGAGACUGGAGGCCAGGCCGGGAUCACUCGGUCUGUAGUGGCUACUACUCGAGCCCGUGUCUGCCGUCGCAAGUACUGCCAGAGACCCUGCGACAGCCUGCACCUCUGCAAGCUUAAUCUGCUCGGCCGGUGCCACUAUGCACAGUCUCAGCGGAACCUCUGCAAAUAUUCUCACGACGUUCUCUCGGAACAGAACUUCCAGAUCCUGAAGAAUCAUGAGCUCUCUGGGCUUAACCAAGAGGAGCUAGCUUGCCUCCUGGUCCAAAGCGACCCUUUUUUCCUGCCUGAGAUAUGCAAGAGUUACAAAGGAGAGGGCCGAAAACAGACCUGCGGGCAGCCACAGCCAUGCGAGAGACUCCACAUCUGUGAGCACUUCACCCGGGGCAACUGCAGUUACCUCAACUGUCUCAGGUCUCACAACCUGAUGGACAGAAAGGUGUUGACCAUCAUGAGGGAGCACGGGCUGAGUCCUGAUGUGGUCCAGAACAUCCAGGACAUCUGCAACAACAAACACGCCAGGAGGAACCCGCCUGUCACGAGAGCUGCCCAUCCACACCGCAGAGGCGGCGCACACAGAGACAGAAGCAAAAGCAGAGACCGCCUCCUUCACAGCAGUCUAGAAUUUCUCUCACCUGUUGUCUCACCUCUGGGAUCUGGUCCGCCUAGCCCAGAUGUCACCAGCUGUAAAGAUUCCCUGGAGGAUGUGUCUGCGGAUGUCACCCAGAAGUUCAAGUACCUGGGGACUCACGACCGUGCGCAGCUCUCCCCAGUCUCAUCUAAGGCUGCUGGUGUCCGAGGACCCAGUCAAAUGAGAGCAAGCCAGGAGUUUUCAGAGGAUGGGGAUCUAGAUGACAUAUUUUCUAGGAAUCGUUCUGAUUCAUCAUCAUCAAGUCGAGCCUCCGCUGCCAAGGUGGCACAAAGAAAUGAAGCUGUGGCCAUGAAAAUGGGCAUGGAGGUCAAGGGCAAGAAGGAGGCUCCAGACAUCGAUCGGGUCCCAUUUUUAAAUAGUUAUAUUGAUGGGGUGACCACGGAAAAAGCAUCGGUCUCAGGAAUUCUAGGCGAAAAGUUCACAGCCAACGAUCUAGAAAAUUUGCUAUUACUUAACGACACUUGGAAGAGUGCGGCUAAGCCCCAGGAUCUGCAGACCACAGGCAGAAUCACUGACAGUGGCCAAGACAAGGCAUUCCUGCAGAAUAAAUAUGGAGGAAACCCAGUGUGGGCAAGUGCAUCCACCCAUAAUGCCCCAAAUGGCUCUAGUCAAAUUAUGGAUGAAACUCCUAAUGUCUCUAAAAGUAGUACCAGUGGUUUUGCCAUAAAACCAGCAAUUGCUGGAGAGAAAGAAGCAGUCUAUUCUGGAGUUCAGAGCCCGAGAAGCCAGGUCCUGGCUAUGCCUGGGGAGACUACUACCCCUGUACAGAGCAACAGGCUGCCUCAGUCGCCUCUGUCUUCCUCAAGCCACAGAGCUGCAGCCUCCGGGAGCCCUGGCAAGAACUCCACCCACACCUCUGUGAGCCCAGCCAGCGACUCUUCAAGGAUGACAUCAGACCCCGAUGAGUAUCUCCUACGCUACAUCCUAAAUCCCUUAUUUAGGAUGGAUAAUCAUGGCCCGAAGGAAAUCUGUCAGGACCAUCUGUACAAGGGCUGUCAACAGAGCCACUGUGACAGGAGCCAUUUCCAUCUGCCCUACCGGUGGCAGAUGUUCAUAUAUACCACUUGGAGGGACUUCCAGGACAUGGAGUCUAUCGAGCAGGCCUAUUGUGAUCCCCACGUUGAACUCAUUUUGAUAGAAAACCAUCAGAUCAAUUUCCAGAAAAUGACCUGUGACUCCUACCCCAUCCGACGCCUCUCCACUCCUUCAUCUGUGGAAAAGCUACUUAGUUCUGUCUUCGCCACCAAGUGGAUUUGGUAUUGGAAGAAUGAAUUUAAUGAAUAUAUCCAGUAUGGGAAUGAGAGCCCAGGCCACACCAGCUCUGACAUCAACUCUGCGUACCUGGAGUCUUUCUUCCAGUCUUGUCCCAGGGGAGUUUUGCCGUUCCAGGCUGGUUCACAGAAGUACGAGUUAAGCUUUCAAGGGAUGAUUCAGACAAAUAUAGCUUCCAAGACUCAAAGGCAUGUUGUCAGAAGGCCAGUAUUUGUUUCUUCGUACGAUGUGGAGCAGAAGAGAAGAGCUCCAGAUCAUCAGCCAGUGACGCCCAAGGCAGAUGCUCUGACCCUGAAUUCUCUUCCCCAGAAGAAUGCUAGCACUGUUUUGCCUAACGAAUAUGAGUUUCUAGAACUCAAUGACCAGGAUGUGGAGUAUGUCACAGUAAGUGAACAGUUUAAAGCAUCCAUGAAACCUUUCAAGAUUGUGAGAAUAAAGCGGAUAUGGAACCAAAAACUCUUGGACGCCUUUGAAAGGAAGAAGGAAAAGAUGAAAAAUAAAAACGAGAUGCUCCUGUUUCACGCGGCAUGCCGUGCUCAUGUGGAUUAUAUCUGUAAGAAUAAUUUCGAGUGGAUCCUACAUGGAAGUCGGGAGACCAGAUAUGGAAAAGGAAAUUAUUUUGCAAAAGAAGCCAUCUAUUCCCACAAGAAUUGUUCAUAUGAUAUCAGAAACAUUGUUAUGUUCGUGGCCCGAGUCCUGGUUGGAAACGUCAUUGAAGGAAAUAUGACGUUCAGUAGCCCUCCUGCACUCUAUGACAGCUGCGUGGACACCAGGCUGAAUCCCUCCGUCUUUGUCAUUUUCCGGAAAGAACAGAUUUACCCAGAGUAUCUGAUUGAGUAUGUGGAAUCAGAGAAAGAGAAAGGUUGCAUAAUUAGUUAGAAAUGACACAUACUAUGCCGAAACCAUUCUUUUGCCGUCUUGGACCAAAUCAUCCCCAGAUAGUAGAUAGGCUUCUACAUUCCCUUGCUACAUUACCGAACGUCUUAAACCGGCUCCUUGCUUCUCCCAACCGCCUUGUACAUCAUUCCUAAGUCCAUUUUUACCUCCCCAGUACCAGCCAUUCUGGUGUUCUUAUAGUCCUUGAUGCCUUUGCAUCUAAGUCAUUGGUCUAGAUGAACUUUUCUCUCAGUUUUUACCACCUACUAGGCAGUAUCUGUUUUGUUUAAUAUUCAAAGUGCAUACAAUCACAUUAAUUAAAAAAAUCAGAUUUACUGUAAUAUAAGAGAGAAAUAUAAAGUCAUAACUUCGGCACGACUUUAAGUCCUAAGACAUGAUGGAGUCGUCAGAUUGCUUCCGUUUACCAUGAAUCAGUAUGAGCUUAUAAGAAAAGAAUUGGAGGAACAUGAAAAAGCAGGGACGUGUUUAGACAUUAGAGUAAAAACUAAACGACACACGUUAAUUGCAAAUGUCAGCAACUAUCUGUACAUGGUAAGAACGAAAUAUCUUCAUUGAAAUAAAAAUACAGCACAAAAGAACUUACAGAUUGUCGAAACAGCAAGGAUGAAGAGGUACAUUCUUGCAGACGAGCUGUAGGUCAUACGCGAAUGUCGAAAGAGACAUUCAAAACUCGAAUAGGGUGCAGAGUAAUUUCUUAUUGUGAGGAACUGCCCAAUGUAUUGAAAGACGCAUAGCUGGCUCUCACAUGCCAGGAGCGCCCUCCUUCGCCCGAAGUCAUGACAACCACAGACCCUACUAGACCUGGUCAUCCUUUGAAAGGUAGAUCUUUUAUAACAUCUUUUGCCAUCUUGAGAUGAUUUAUAGGUGAUACAAUCUACAUUUGAGUUUAUUCUGACUUAAUUUAGUGCCCUACUUGUGUGAUAAAUGGAAACUCAGAACUCUAAUGGACACAAACUGUAAGGGCUCAGGCUUGACUAUGCUACCAGCUUCAAAUCAUGCGAACUCUCACUAGGAAUAGGUUUGCCUUAAGAGUCCAGCAGGGGCAGCUUCCUGAGCUGAAUGAAGUACAGGAAAAUGAAGAUUAAAGGGAUGUGUGACAGAACACAGGGUUAGAUAGGGUACACCAUAGCAGACUUUGCACCUUAUCUGUCAGUGGUGAAGGAGAGGGCAAAAUCAUUUUAGUUGAAAUGAUAGAUAAUAAAGACGGGACAAAUUACAGUCUGUCUCAGGGGAAUCAAAGGAUUCUUUCUCAGACAAGUUGUAGGUCCUGCAUAAUACAUGUCCAGCAGGACAUUAGACAGUCGUAAAGGUGCAGGACGGUUUGUGUGUGGGACUGACCCAUCCACACACAGCAGGGCGUUUGUUCUGCCUCAGGCUGCAUCUACUCGGUGAGGUUAGUAAACUUCAGAUUCAAAACCAACAACCAUCACUCUCUAAUAUGCUACAGUGGGAACCACUGAUCUAGUUAAUGGCAGCACUCUUGGAUCAACUCAAUUGUUACUUCCACUGUUUUACAACUGAAUAAGCCAGAUCCUUGCCUCUCAAGCCCCGUUUUUAACAAUUCCUUGAUUUAUAAUCCUUCUUCUUUGCUCAAUAAAAAGAAAAAAGUAAUUUGA